UUUACAUCGUCAGGCAAACACUCUGCUAUAUAGAUAAUUGAUCGUAUUACUGCUAACGAUAUGUAGCUCAUGAUCUUCAUUGGAUGUUAAAUCCUGAAGUCUUGGCUUAGGGGUAUCUACCUGGGUAGCUACCUACCUAACCAACCCAUACUUCUUAAACAUACAACUCAAAACCUACCCUACCCACAUAAGCAUCACACAUAAGGAGAGAGACUGACAACUCAGCUAAAUACUACCUACAUAACCCAUCGUAAAACAUAAUGGGCUUGAAUAUCAUCAUCUGCGGGGGUGGUAUCGGUGGUUUGUCGGCAGCAGGAUACCUUCGAGCCAAGCACAAUGUCACCAUCCUCGAGCGUGGCACCCUCGAUUUUACAGAAAACGACUAUGGGCUCUCGGUGGUUUCCAAUUCUUUCAAUCUUCUACAGAAAGCCGGCAUCAAGUCGGAAAACCUAGACAUGGUGGUCUUGACCCAUAUCUGGGUGAGAGGUCCGAACAAUGAGGAGUUGAACACGGCUCACUUCGACACGACGGCGAGAUUUAAUACAUCGCCUUCUGUCUUACUCAAGCGUGCUAAGCUCCAGAAAGAGCUGAUGCGGUUUGCUACCAGUUCCGAGUUCUCCGGAAGCCCGGCGGAGGUGUUCCAAAAUACCAAAGUCACCAGAGUGGAUACCGCGGCUGGUAAGGUGUGGGCGGAGGGCGACCAAGGCGAACGAGUAUUCGAAGGCGACCUGAUUAUCGGAGCCGACGGCAUCAACUCCAUAGUUCGUAGCGCCAUCCUCGGACAGGAUAUCAAGUCAUCUAUAAGGAACUACGACACUCUAAUCUUUAUGACACAACUCUCCAUUGAGGAUCUCAAGUCAGACCCCAGCUUUGCCUACCUUUCCAACCCCUUAGUUCAAGCUGGGCUAUGCAGCGUGCACGCUACUUCGGAAGCCCACAUGCACAAAAACAUCCUCACUUACCACACAUCGCCUCACAGCCUGCAAGUCGUCGGCUACACCUCCGAGAAAGAGUUCGCCGAGAAAUUUGACUCCGCCAAGACCGCCAUCAUCCGAGAUGUCCCCGCAGCCCGGGUUGCCGAGGACUUCUCCCCGGCAUUCUCCAACCCCUUCGUCAACCUGUUCCGACACAACCAAGUCGACGCGUGGAGGAUCCGCGACGUGGCGCCCUUGGAGGCCUGGUUCUCGGGCAAGGCGCUGAUCAUCGGAGAUGCCGCCCACGCCGUAAGUCCCCAUACUGGCCAGGGGUGCAACAUCACGAUCGAAGACGCCGAGGCGUUGGGGUAUAUCCUCCGAGACAUCGAGUCCCCCGAGGCGAUACCCGCUGCUUUUGAAAAGUUCGUGUCGCUGCGGAAGGACCGCGUGGACUUUGUCGCUCGCCGCUCACGCGAGGUGAGCCAUUUGCAAACGGACGAAGACAAGACCAAAACUCCUAUCCAAGCUGAUGAGUUUGCUAAGGAGAUAUAUACGUACCAGGGCGCCGAGAAGGCGCUGAAGGCAUAAGCUUAACCUUCAGAGACAAAUGAAGACCUACUUACAUAGACUCCACUCAGACCUUUAGACCUUUAUAUGAUUCUAGAUAUUCAAGUAAUUACUCCAUAUUUGGCCCAGUCUGUCUUCGCGACAUGCGCUGUUUCAAAUUGAAGAUCUUGCAUCGGAUGACUUAUGAUAUGUCCUUUACGUACCUAAAUUUCGCAAUGUUAUCAACCUUGGCAGCAAGG